CCCUGCGAAGCACAAAAACAAAACAAACACAUUCUUGGUAAAUUUGUUGAUUCGUGAUUUUAAGUAAAAUAUAUUAAAAUUAAGUUCGAUACAGUGAUUAACAUCUGCAAAUCUCAAAUUUUACUCAUCAUUCACACCAGAGAAGCAAAGAGUCAUCAAAGCUUUUGUAGACAAUGGAAAAUUAUAGGAAGGGAAAGAAUGUUGAGGAAGAACUUUCUAAGGAGCAUAUCCCAAUUGAAAUGACUCCUGAAAAUUUUCUAUGGAUGCACGUUAAAGGAGGUACAAAAGUGUCGAAUGUCGUUGAUUUUGCUGAAAAGGCUUUUAAAUCUGGAGAGUACAGAUCAGUUGUUUGGAGUGGAUGUGGCGGUGGAGUUCCCAAAACUAUAUCGUGUGCUGAAAUUAUGAAGAGAAAUUCAAAAGAAUUAAAUCAAGUCACGAGACUAGCCUAUCAAAAAAUUGAAGAAUAUUGGGAUCCACUUUUGAGUGGUUUAGAUCAAAUAGUUGUCACAAGAAGAAUAGCAGCUGUUCACAUUUUAUUAACGUUAGAUCAAAUUGAUCCAAAAGCCAAUGGUUAUCAGCAAACGAAUGUGCCAACAAAAUUUUGGCCAGUUCCAAAAAAGCACGAAAAUGACGAUUACGUGUUUAGGAAUAAGAGGAGCAACAAUUUUCGCGGUGUGAGUCAACAGAAUCGACAAAAGACGAAAUUCCAAAAAGGUCAAGGUGAGGGAUCUAAAUCAAAUCGAUAGUAAAAAAAAGCUGCUUGUAUUGUGUUGUUUAAGUCAAAACUUUUUAUUGAACUGAAUAAAAACCAAUUGAAAUUCUUCUUUAAUGCUUUCUUCUUUUUCUUUUGUGUUACAUAUUGGGUAAACCAUGUUGAAAUUUGUGUUUUUGCACAUGGAGAUUUGAUUUGCAAAUAACUUGCUAAUGACUGAUGAUGAAAAUUUGCUUAUGGGCUCAAAAGACCAAUAAUUGUGGGAAUUUUCAGUUAAUAAUGUUUUUUGAAGGAUAUGCUGCUUAUGGGAAGAGAUUUUUGACAUUUUCGAUCAAUUGUUGAAAUUUGUGCGUUUUUUUAAUAGCAAUCUUUGACAUAAUUGUAAUUCUUAAAUGUAAACAAACAUUUUAUUUACAUAUUUUUGGAGUAGAAAUUGAUAUUUUGCUGAAGGAAUUUGGAAUAUUUGAAUAAACUUUAAAUGAAAUUAAGAACAUAAAGCUGAUUUGUUUCAA